AGGAGUUGAGAUGAUACUCAACAGAAGAUGUGAGAUUUCCCAGCAGACAGGAGGUAUGAGGAGUCCUGAGACAGCAGCAGGGCAGCUGGGACCUCAUUACACUCACCUGGGUGAAACACAACUUCUUGACAUUCAGGUAGAGGAUACACCUCUUGAUCCUCAGGUAGAGAAUGCACAAGGUAAUGCUCCGACGGUGGAGAUGAAACCUCUGGCACUGAGAGGAAAUGAGGCAGCCUCAUAUUAAGGGACAGGAGAUGCUAUCUGCCUGAUAUCCAGAUGAGGUAUAGGGGGCCCCACAGGACAUCUGGUUGAGGAAGCGUGACCUCCUGGAAGGGGAGAUAACUUAUGACAUUCAGUUGUAGACACUCAGAUAGAGGAAUUAAGAUAAUCUGAAGAUGUGAAAAUUCUAAACACUCAGGAAGAGGAGGUGACAGAUCCUGACACUCAUAUAGGUGAGAUGCAGCCUCUCGACUCCCAGGUGUGAUGGCUGAGACGCAGAGGAAGGAAGUCAGCCCCUCAUGCAGGUAGUCGGGGAAGGACCUUCUGACACUCUUGCAGAGGAGAUGACACCUUUUAACACUUACCCUCAGGUGAGAUGCUGUCUCCUGACACUCAGAAGCAGGAAAUGGUACUUCUUGAUACUCUGGUAGCUAAGAUGAGGUCUUCUGACACUCAAGUAUAGGAGAUAAAACCUUGUGACACUGAGAUUCCAGAGGAGACCCAGUGACCCUUGGAAAGUAGGAGAUCUUGUGAUACUCAGCAAUGGGCAGGAAGGUGGGCUUGGUAGACACAAGUUAAGCAAAAUCAAAAUGGCUCUUGGAAAGUGUGCUAACAUGUGCUUGGAAAAGGGAAAUGAUUUGCCCCACAAAGUAUUAAGGGCCUAUCAGCCUUUGAGCCUGAGUCCCCUUUAAACACUGACAGGUUGCAGCACCAUCUCAUCCUGGAGGGGCUGAGCUGCCUCUCAAGAACAGGGGCUGUGGUCACAGCUUGCAUGAGGGGCAGACCCCAAACCUGCUCAAAGCCAGAACCUUGGAUGAUGUAAGACCUUGGGAGAGUUAACUGGGAAUGAAGACCCUCAUUCAGCAUAAACCAGUUACGCCAAGGAGUCCCUGUCUGGACUGACUGCUGGGGAAAGGGGGUGGGAGAAAGCCCUGCUGAUUGGUCAGAAGGCCGCAGAGCUUUGUGAAGUCACCAGGCUUCCGGGCAAGCUGGGGCAGAAGUAUGAUGGAGAUGCUGCCAACUGCCGUUCUACUGGUCUUGGCAGUGUCUGUGGCCGCCAAAGAUAACGACACGUGUGAGUAAGUGUCAAGGGCACCUCAGUGGGGCGGAAGGAGUCUCUCACUAGCAGGCCCCUUCAGGGGCAGGGAGAAGGAGGCAGAGCUCAGCCCUUCUCCUGGUCUUACAACUCCCGUGAGCCAUGUCCCCAUCUGAAGCCCUCCUUGCUGUCAACAGUGACCGUCCAAUGGCCCUGGGUCCCCAGCUGCCAGUAGUUUACUCCUGAGAUGGACUCUCACAGUGCCUGGGUUCCCGCUGCCCCUAGAUCUGUGUCCCCUCCUUCUAGUGACUGAUCCCACUGCUUCUCUGACCUUCCAACCUGGGGCUGACCCCAAAUACCCCACGGUAUCUUCAUGCCACCCCUCUAGGAUGUCCACCUCAUCUGUGGACUCCCACAAGCCCUCCAAUGUCAAUAACUCCCCAACUAUACGUGGUCUCCCACCAGCAUCACAGUUCCCAGACUUUUACCUCUAGACACCCUCUGCUCCUAGUGCCCCUACACCUGUGGGAGGCCCCACCUGCCUAUAACUACUCUCCUUCCCCCCGCCCCCACCAUCUUGCAGCUCCAAGGCCUCCUUAGUCCCUGGGCUCUUCCUUGAGUUUCCCCCAUGUGUCUCUCAAGACCUGAGGCCAUUAUUCCCCUCCACCCCGAGGCCCUCCAUCGCAUCCCCAGUCUCCCCUCCAGGGCCCUCACAGCCUGUCCUUGCAGUCUGUGGCCCUCUCUUUCCCCAUCUUAUGACCACACUCACGAGAUCCGAGAAGUCAAACCCACCGCACCCUUGGGGCCUGCUGCCUCCUCAGAGCCCCACAGCGCUGCCCACCAGCCGUUCCCCCUCGUGGUUCCUCACAGUCCCAGAAGCCCACCUUUCUUCGGGCUGCCAGUGGAUUUCCCACUUUUCCCACCCUCAGAGCCAGGCUCUCCCCAGGUGCAGGGGUGCAGGGAUGGGUGACGGGCUGUGCCUUUUCCCUGCUCUCGACUGUGGCUGGUCUCUCCUCAGUGGCACCUGUGGACUGCGGUUCAGGCAGGGCCUGCCAGGGUCCGUCCGCGUCAUCGGCGGGCAGGCGUCAGCACCAGGGUCCUGGCCCUGGAUGGUCAGCGUCCAGCUCUUCACUGACCGUAACAACCGGAGGUACCACAGGUGCGGUGGCGUCUUGCUGAAUCCCCACUGGGUGCUUUCUGCUGCUCACUGUUUCAAGGACAAAGAUAAAGCCAAUCAGUGGAGGCUGAUUUUUGGAGCCAGGGAAGUGUUGUCUGGGAGCAAUGCACCCAUAAAGCUGCCCGCAGAGGAGAGGUUCGUGGAGAAGAUCAUCGUUCACGAAAAAUACGACGACAGGCUAAAGAAGAACGACAUCACGCUUCUGAGAAUCACCCCUCCUAUUUCGUGUGGGAGCUUCGUCGGCCAGGCCUGCCUGCCCCUCUUCAAGGCAGGCCCCCCCACAAUUCCCCAGGCCUGCUGGGUGGCUGGCUGGGGCUUCCUGAGAGAGAGUGGCUCCCAGCCGGCGUCCAUGCUGCAGGAGGCCCGCGUGGUCCUCAUCGACCUGGACCUGUGCAACUCCACGGAAUGGUACAACGGGCGAAUCAGUGCAACCAACGUGUGUGCAGGGUACCCCGAAGGCAAGGUUGACACCUGCCAGGGGGACAGCGGCGGGCCCCUCAUGUGCAAAGACAACGUGGAGAACGUCUAUGUGGUCGUGGGGAUCACAAGCUGGGGGGUAGGCUGUGCCCGUGCCAAGCGCCCUGGAGUCUACACGUCCACCUGGCACUAUCUGGACUGGAUCGCCUCCAAGAUCGGUUCCAGCACCCUGCACAUCGCCCAGCCGGCCACUGCCCCCUCUGCCAGCACACAGCCCCAACCCGCCCAGCCCUCUCCGGCCCGACUCCCCUCUGUUCGUCCCUGGUAUUUUCAGCACCCUCCUCGGCCUCCUCCCCAGCCCCGACCCCCUCCUCCCCCACCUCCCCCGCCUCCUCCACCCCCUCCUCCGCCCCCGCCACCCCCGCCACCCCCCCCCACCUCCACCUCCACCACAGCUGCCCAAGCGCUCUCCUUCCCCAAGCGCCUGCGGCUCCUCAUUGAGACCUUGAAGAGGAAGACCGCCUAUGAAAUCAAGGGCUCUUUGGACUUGGAGGCCACAGACCACUCUCAGCUGACCCCCUCCCUCCUGAUCCAACCCCACCCUCAACAGACCCAGUGAAUUCUUUA